AGCAUAUUCAGGCGUUUUGUGUGCUCGUGUCCCAUUAGCAGAGUCCGCUACCGGAAAAUGUUUCUGUUGUUUAAUUUGUCGGCCCGUAUUUGCCUUAUCCUCUCUUGUCCCUUUGAAAAAACCAGACAAGAACGAAACAACUGUUGCUGUCUUUCUUUAGUUGAACUUGGAUUGACUGUGAGGCUUUUCUUCGAUCAAAAAAUGGUUAUAAUAGGACCCAAAAUAGUACCAGAAGAAGAGCCAAAAAGUGAAAGCAAGGUAUUUUUUUCAGUUAGAUGGAUGAAAGAAUUCAGUCAGAUUUUCAAUUCUUCAGAUAGAAUUGAUGAAGGUGGUGCUGGGACUUCUGAAAACAAAAUGAAAAAGAAGAAGAAGAAGAAUGGUUGGAAUAUGGUCAGAAUCAGAAGAACAAAGCAAUUCUCAUCUGACCCAGAGCAAAUUCGAUACGAAAGUGGGUGUUUCGAGUACAAACAGAUUAAAGCGGCAACAGAAAAUUUUAGUCCUGCCAACAUGAUUGGUAGAGGUGGUUUUGGACCAGUUUAUAAGGGUGUUCUUCCAAAUAAGACGGCAAUAGCGGUGAAGAAUCUGUCUUCGAAUUCAAAGCAAGGAAAGAGAGAAUAUCUCAAUGAAAUCAACACAAUUUCUAGAUUGAGACACCCAAAUUUGGUCACAUUGUACGGGCAUUGUGCAGUGGAUAACAAGUUCCUAUUAGUAUAUGAGUACAUGGAGAAUAGUUGCCUAGCAACUGCACUGUCCGGCUCGCGGCCAAAUUUGAAGGAAAGACUAGAUUGGCAAACUAGAGUUAAAAUUUGCAUUGGGAUAGCGAGGGGUCUUGCUUUCUUACAUGAAGGAGCAGCAUUCAGAAUUAUUCAUAGAGAUAUCAAGCUUUCAAAUGUUUUAUUAGACAAAGAUCUUAAUCCUAAGAUAGCUGAUUUCGGAUUAGCUAGGCUCGACCUUGAAGAGGGUACACACAUCAGCACUUGCAUAGCAGGAACCAUGGGGUAUAUGGCUCCAGAGUAUGCACUGCGUGGCAGGUUAACUGCGAAAGCAGAUAUAUACAGUUUCGGGGUGGUCAUACUUGAACUUAUUAGUGGCAAGCGUUGUUCAGACAAGCUGGGAGAUGAUAGCCCUCACCUUUUAGAUUUCGCCGUAGCUUUACAAAAGAAGGGAGAUCUUAUUUCACUAAUCAAUGAAAACUUAAGGACAGGCAUUUCAGUCAAAGAAGCUCGCGUGAUGCUAGAUUUGGCAAUGUUAUGCAUUUCUUAUUCUCCUGAGAUGAGGCCUAGUAUGUUGGAAGUGGUGAAUAUUCUUGAGGGAAAGACCACAAUGAAAGCUCCUACUCUAAUAGAAUCAGAUGACUUGUCAAGAGUCGAUUCCGAUGAGAUGAGCAUGAUUGAAUAUUCAGAUAAUUACAUAGACAACACUACAUCAGAAAUGGUAACACAUCAAGGUAAUGCUUCUACCAACCUAGAAAGUGAGGCUUUGGUUCUUUCCAAAUAUCGCGAUUUAAUAUCGAAUGCGAAAGAUUCUACAAGUGAGGAACAGCAAGAUGGUGUAGGAGUUCUUUCUUCAAGUCGUGCAUCACCAAAGCAGGAAAACAAUAUCUGUACUACUGUGUUUUGUGGUGAUUCUAUUUCUGUUGCAAAUGAUCCAAACAAUGGGGGAGGGAAAGAUGCAAUUCAAGUUUUUUCCUCUCCCGGUGCAUCUAAUGAAGAAGACAAAACCUAUACUUCAUCUCGUGUAAAUGAUUCCAUUAGUGAAGAUAGGGACGAUUCGAGGUUGUUGAUCGACACAAAUGUUUCAACAGCGAAGACUUUUAUAUCAAAUGCCAAGGCAUCAACUUCUUCAACCCUUGAGUAUGUCACUGAGGUGGGGGACAAAGCUGAACUCAAGUAUAUUGAACCGCAUUUUGAGGCAGGGAAGUACUACAUUGAAUGUUCAGACGAAGAACUGAAGGUUGGUUGUAAUAAAUGGAAGAAUUCCCUGGUUGGAUGUUUUGUGAGUGAAAGUGGAGCAUUUUGCUUUGACAAAGAGGUGGAUGAAGAUGUACUUCGUCAAGCAAUAGAAAAAGCUUCAGAUGUGGCUUCUGAAGGGAAUGGUUAUUCAGUGUCCUUCAUUGGGAACGGACACUUUGUGUUGCAGUUUAGCUCUGAUGAAGAUAAGAUUCGAGUUCUAGAAACAUCAGGCCUUUUGCAUAUCGAGGGUGAAACGUUGAUUUUCCGAAAAUGGGAUUGGAAACUGAAAUUUGACAAAGUUGAAAUGCUGAAAUCUGUUCUUGUAUGGGUGAAGAUUUAUAAUCUACCUCUCUUCCUUUGGAAUUCGUCGUUUCUCAGUAAAGUCGGAAGUGCACUAGGAAUUCCUAUAUGUGCUGAUCAGACCACCUUGAAGCAACAACGACUGCAUUACGCAAGGAUUUACAUACAAGUAGUUUCUAGUAAACCACUGCUAGACACUUUGCUUAUUUCAAUCAAAGGAAUGGAUUAUCUACUCAACUUGGAGUACGACUGGAAACCGUUGCGGUGUACAUAUUGUUUCACAUUUGGGCAUAUUGAGUCGAAAUGCACGAUGAAAGGGAAGGGGAAACAAGUUUUGGAGUAGUAGUUGUUAUUAGUGGAAGAUGAAAACGAAUGACCUCAACAGUCGCAUCUCCUCCAAACCCCCAUUGGUGCCCAGAGGGUUCAUGAUCCCAUGGGGUGGGUUGAGCGUCUGUUGGUCACAAAACUCUUGACAACUUUCUUGGAACAUUGCGAUGUUUCAGAACUAACACCAUUCGAUCCCUAUAUAUAGUAUAAGAAUUUUCCUAUCACUUUCACUAUAUUUUUUUAAUUUGGAUUCUUUGUUUAUCCAUCUGCAACAAUCUUCAAAUACUGAACCGUGAAGAAGAGAUUAUUUAGAUGGAUACGUUAGAAGAAAAUAUUGAAUCAUUAAUAGAAACUCUUGGCAUUUUUGAGAAAUCCUAUCGAGUAGUACCGACUCUAACUGAUGAGAAUGAAAAACUUAUGUUGAUGGGUGUUUUAGACGAUGCUUUCAAACAACUGCUUCAACGAUCUCCUAUUCUAAAGAGAAUUGGCGGCGGAUCAAUUGCUUCUACACGGAAGGACGUUGGAUCUCGUCGACAGAGAGAAGACAAGGAUAGGCCACCAACUCAGACUGUCAGGCCGCCAAUGAAAUCAUGGCGAAGAACUCAAACUAAGAGGCGCUAUCCUUGGUCACUAUUGACAAGUCUUUUCUUCUUCUUCUUCUUGCUUGUUUGUUUGGCCAUCCACUCCGUUUAAGCCUCUUCUUUUAGCCUUGCUUUUGCAAGUUAAGCCGUUUGGUGUAUUUAUUUAUUAUCUCCCUCCCCCACCUUGUAUCGCUUAGGCGCUCAUUGUUUCUAUUUUUUUAAUGAAUUUAAUGAAAAUUUUAUCCUUUCUCUUAGAAAAACAAAAUAAAUUAGGAUAAGCUAACAGUCUCUCCGACUCUGGCUUUCUGCCGCCUUUCUCCUUCACUGAAGUAAAAUGAAAGGACUUCUGGACUCAUUGUGUCGGUACUCUUUCUUUGCAAAAACCAGAUAUCAAAACACGAUCAAUUUUCACUAAGAAGGGAAGUGGGAAGAGAUCCAUGACUGAUUGUGAACUUCCAACGGUUGAGGAUUCUCAAGUUAUGAGAAAGCUUUACUAGUAAGGAAUCAGUUGGUUUAUGCAAAGGGGGACUGACCUAGUUCAAAGCAAAUUUCUAAUGAUGUUUUUAAUAUACCAACAAGAGAAGAUCUAGAUGGUCCUGUAGUUACUUCUCCUGCACCAACCAGAAGGUUGCCCAGGAAAACCCGCUUCCAGAGGUAUACCACCUACCGCUUGGGAGACCUUUGCUAAAACAAAAGGUAUUAAGAAGCGCAAGAAAGAUAAGGUUGUCUAUGAUGAACAGACUCAUUCAUGGUAGUGUCGCCAUGGUUAUGAUCGCGUGAAUGAUGAUAAAGAUUUUUCCCAUCAUCGAGGCCAAGAUGACAGAUGGUACACUAUACAUCUUAAAUUAUGUAGUUACUGAUUAGUUCUCAAUUUUUUCAAUUAUGGUAUAGUCAAGAUGUUUUGGAGAGUGAUUACUCAACAGUUUUGGGGGAUCUUUAUUGUGUAUUUUGUCUGCAAGAUGUUGUUGGAGUAGUUUGAAGUCACUACUGCAGGUGUUCCUUUGAUUCUUAAGCCAUAAGUCAAUAAAGUUAGCCUGAAAGGCAGAAAACAAUGAAAAAAAUUGUCAAGGAACAAUUUAAUCUCAGAGUAUCUUAAUUGUAGGACAGAUUUAGCUUAGCCAAAAAAAAAAAUUCAUUCUAGUCUAUUUAGCAUCUGGUAAUUGGUUUUUGCUAACCGUACAAAUGAGAAGUCAAAGUCGAUAUAUUUUAAUAGUUUAGCUAAUGGUGUUCCAAGAAACAAGCAGAAAAAAAGCAGCGUGUUGAAAAGAACGGAAAGAACCGGUUACGGAAUCUGAAGCAAGCUGCUAAAGUUGGUGCUUUGCCAACUCAUAACAUUGUUAACAUGAGUAUGUCUUGUAAUUAUAAAUCAUCAACUUUUUAUGUUGCAAACCUACUUGUUUUUCUCAUAGGCUUGGUAAUGCUCAAAAAACAUAUCACCAAAUUUUAACGUGGAUCCAGUGUCGAGGCCAUGUUCAACUUUCAGCAACAUCAUUACCUAUUACAGGAAUUCAAUCUGUACAAAAGAAAGUUGGUAAGCAUGAGCUAGAAAGUGUCCCGGCCCGCGGGUAUGGCAGCAACUUCAACCGCUAGUGCAGGAAAAUUUGACAAGAAACUACCAGGAGAGAAACCUCCAAAGCAUCCUGGACUCCUGGCAAGUUCCAAAAGUUUCUCCCCGUUGCUGAAGGAAAAAGAAUAGGCUCUUUUGGAGAGGGAGCAGACUGAUAAAGUUCUCAACAAGCUAGCACUCUCAUGAAAUUUGUGACGUGAAGAAGUUUCUGGGUGUAGUUUGUCAUGCGUGUUGAUUGCCGGGCACUGCGUGAUGCAAAGAUAAUAUGCAGCCGACUUGUUUGUAACAAAGAAGGUUUUCGCAAAGGUAAACAUAGUAGGAAUAGGUAACCAAGAAAACUUACAAGCGAAAGGUGCAAGGCAGUGAUCAUGGUAAAGCAGCAGAAAUCAGGUCGGUGCGUUGUGUCAAAAUUUGCUGAGGAGCAUAAUCAUCCCUUGGUCAUUUCUUCUGGCGCUAAUUGUCGUAAGUGGCUUCUAACACAAAUACCUGUGAGUUCGCUUAACUUGCCCUUAAUGAAAUUUACUACAGUAUCAUGAGGAUGCAUUGCAUCUAAGAACCAAUAGAACAUGCACAUGUUGAUAUCACUAGGCCUCCGUUCCCAUCAAAACAAUAUAUAUUGCUUACAGAAUAACCUCUGUUUCCAGCUUCCCGACCCUUAUCCUGUAUUCCUUCUGUACAUGUAAUUUUGUGAGUAUGUAUGUCAAUCAAUGUCAAACAUAGAAUGACAAUAGUCUUUUCCAUGACCAAAAGGGCCUGGAAGUUGGCUCCAGUGCACUUUCCAGUAUUACUCUGUCAUAUACCUCUCAUGUUGGUACAUAUAAUAAAGCUGCCCAUCCUUACAAACACGCUAGCGUAAAAAUUGACUAGGGAGUUUUGUGAUUCUUUAUAAUGAACCACUACCCUUAUAAACUCUCAACCGUGAACAUGAAAUCAUCAUCACCUAAUCCACCUUCACUGUUUUACGGGUCGCAUCUAUUGACUGAUGAACAUGUUACUUGCAUUUGUGUUUUUAUUCACAAUCAUCAGGCGAGGUUGUUGGGACUAGCUUAGCUUCAUUUGUCAUGGAUACAGAAACCAAAGAAAGCUUUACCCUGGCUAUGGCUACUGCAGCAGCUGGGUCGUCACAAAAAUAUGUAUGUUUUUGUUUUGUGAGAAAUUGAUCCCUGCAGCGAUCAUCAUCUGGCGCAUUUAGCAAGAACGCGAGAAUUUUUUUUCUGACAAGGCUACCUACUGUCUGUUCAUUUCGGUCAUUAGUGGUAAAGGAGUUUUGAGUACAUUAGUUCAUUUGAUGUAAUGCAAAACUGGCAUAUUGUUCUCUUUGAUUACUAUUAAACCUCUAUCAAUUCAGAAAUUCUGA